AGUUGUGCAACCUUUCUUAUCUCCAGGUCUUAGACCUGGGUCACAACAACUUAUCAGGAACCAUUCCAAAGUGUUUGAUUAAUUUGACUUCUCUAGUCCAUGCUCCAAGUGGUUGGAAUUUGAAUUGCUCUGAUAGAUUUGAUUCAACAAUUGUGACUUUAAAAGGAAGAGAAAUGGAAUACUACGGUAGACGUGCAACACUUCUGACCAUCAUUGAUUUUUCGUCAAAUAGUUUAGCAGGUGAAAUUCCUAAAGAAAUAGGUAGCCUCGUUCAAUUGGGUACCUUGAAUUUGUCGAUGAAUCAAUUAAGUGGAAAUAUCCCCUCAAACAUUGGAAACUUGAAGUUGCUUGAAAGUCUUGACCUCUGCCAAAACCAGCUUUCAGGGAAAAUUCCUCAAAGUAUUUAUUCUUUGACCUUCUUGUCUCACUUGAAUUUGUCACACAACAACUUGACCGGUAGAAUUCCUUUGGGCAAUCAACUUCAAACGCUGGAUGAUUCAUCUAUUUAUAAAGACAAUCCUUUACUUUGUGGGCAUCCUCUUUCAAAAUGUCCAGAAGAAGGAGAUGACGUGCCUCAUGCAGAAGAUAAUAAAGACCAUGCAGAUGUUAGUGAAAAUAAGCUUGGUUUCUAUAUAAGUGUUGUGCUUGGCUUUGUUAUAGGCUUUUGGGGUGUUUGUGGCACGUUGAUUCUGAAAAAGUCAUGGAGGUAUGCCUAUUUUCAAUUCUUUGACAAUAUCAAAGAGAAGGUAAUACUAGCAAUUGCAUUGAAAGUAGCUCGUUUGCAAAGAACAUAUUGAUCGAGAAAGGAAACAAUAAAAGUAGUCAUUUAAUA